AUUAGUAACCCUAGUUUCCCUUCCUCGCGAAGGACAUCAGCUCGAAUUGCAGGAGUUCUGGUAUACGGCCGGGGAAACCCAUCUCUCUGAUUUUCGCCGUCGAUCGGCAUACUCUGUCGGACUUCAGAAUGGCGGAUUCUCCUCCUCGAAGGAACUCACGGUCUCCAUCUCCUUGGAGAGACCGGUCAAGGUCUAGAUCCCGGUCUAGGGCCAGGUCCAGGUCUAGAUCUAGAUCAUUGGAGCAGCCGAAGCAUAGAUCACGCUCUCGCAGUCGUGGCAGGGGUCGUGACAGGGUUGAGGCUGUUAAUCCAGGAAAUACUCUUUAUGUGACUGGCCUAUCUACAAGAGUCACUGAAAGGGAACUAGAAGAUCAUUUUGCCAAGGAGGGAAAGGUUGCCUCAUGUUUUCUUGUUGUGGAGCCCCGCACGCGCAUUUCUCGUGGUUUUGCUUUUGUCACGAUGGACUCUGUUGAGGAUGCCAACCGUUGUGUUAAGUAUCUGAACCAGUCCGUUCUGGAAGGACGAUAUAUAACUGUGGAAAAGGUUGUACUCAGUAGAAAUUGCAUCAGCUUUUUGGCAGCAAUCAAAGAUGAUCAGUUCAUCCAUGUCAGCUUAGUGAAACAGCUUGAUCCAUGGACAGCUGAAUCAGCUCAUUUCAAAUGCUUGUGAUCAACUAACAUAGCAACUAUAUUGUUCAACCCUACACAACUUCAGCAUUCAAUUUCAACUCAACUAAUCAACGGACGUUUCCAUCAACUUUCUAAUCAGGCUUUAUGGUAUUGAAAACCUGGCACCUCAUUUAAUGGGAAACUAUGUAGUAGCGAUUCUCCUUUUCUUUUGGUGGAACUCUUUUUUUCUCCUUCCUUUUGGCUAUACAUCUGUAUAUAUGCACCUGCAUUUCCUCCACCGUGCAGGCUUUUGUGUGUGUUUGUGCUUGUUGAAAUUAGCGUUUUCUAUGUUACUAAUACGAGAUUGUUAGUCAUGGUAAGAAAAAACAACUGAAGUGAUUUUUCAUUGUCCUGCAGUCACGGAGGAAACGACCAAGGACUCCAACUCCAGGACAUUAUCUCGGUCUUAAGAACACAAGGGAUGGUAUGUUUGGGUCGAAACUUUAUCUGCUGGAGCAUAUUCUUAGCUGUGAAUUGGAUGUUUGUGAUUUCCUAACACAGUUGCAUUUGGUGCUUUUCAAGAUGGGCCUCGUGAUCGCGAUCGUGGUAGGUACCGAGGGGGCAGUAGCGGCAGCGGCUAUGGUUAUGAUGAUUACCGUAGGUCUCCGAGGCAUGAUGACUACCGUAGGUCUCCGAGGCGCUCCCCAUAUGGCGGCGGUCGUGACUAUUCUCCUCCUCCGAGGCACUCUCCCUAUGGUGGUGGGAGAUCAAGGAGGUACCGAUCCAGGUCACCUUAAGAGCUCUCUCUUAUGUUCUCUUUGAGUUUUCAGAGAGGAACACCAUGGAUGUAGUCAUCCAGUGAGUUUGUUCAGAUAGCAGGAGAGGUGUUUGUACUUCGCUUGUACCGAAUGUGAGUCGGCUUGUGAUGAACAGGAUUAGCCUUUUCAUUAUGUGGAUUGUUCUGUAUUGGUGUAACCCGAAAAAAUACAGGCUGCAGUCGUUAUGUCAAGUUGUCAGACUGACAGCUGCUUCACAGCUGAGUGCUUGUUUUCAUCACUCGUGUUAAUCAGUCUGGAAUCUAUGGAUUGUUGUGUUACGGUCACAGGCUUACGGUAUGGAGCUGAUUCAUUUGCCUCUGGUGGUAGUAUAAUUCUUCGGCGGCAGUUUUAAUUCAUGAUGGAGCAGCGUAAUUACGCGACGGUGUUACGCUCCUUGCAUGUGUAUUAGGUUAUUGUUUUUGCAACGUGCAUAUACAUGCGAUAUGAUCAUAUGAUUGUGAGAGAAGCUUUUGUUAUUACGAUAAUAUGAUCUUCCUUUGCUGGUAGAUCGUCCGUGAUACUCUGCAAUCCGAACUGAUACAAUCUUUUUAGGUAAGAAAGCGACAGACUAAUGUUCAAGUUAUGGCUAUUGUAGCUGGGAUAAGUAGGCACGAACUUCCGUAUAGCGUCCUAAUUUUGACUAAACAGAGGAGGUAUUAGUUUGGUAAUGGUUGAAGCAACAAACUCGCAUUCGGCAA